AGACAGUAGCAUAUCGACGCAACUCAUUACUAAAUAUGGGGAUGCCAUAUCCUUUUAUUGGUGUGCCAAGCCCUCUGGAACGACAUGGUCAACGUCACCAAACAUCUCGCUACGUUGGCGAUACUCCUGGCCACCGCCGCCCUCGCCGAUGGAGCCGAACAUUUUAAGACGCUGCUAGUGUUUCCCACCCGGGCAUACCGGAAGGCCCAGGAGGCUGUAACUCGUCUCAACCUGACGCAGAAAGUCGCCUUGACGACAGGCUACGAAAUAGGCGUGCAGGCAUCCGCUAAGCAUUAUAUCGGCAAUGAGCAAGAGAUGCAGCGAUCCAACACCUCCACCAAGGACGGCCACGAGGUCGCCGUCAUUUCUUCCAACAUUGGCGACCGAACCAUGCACGAGCAUUAUAUGUGGGAUCCAUAG